AAAUUCGUGUAACAAUCGGCAUGCGCGCACAUGUAGCAUGUCAGGUUGUGUCAUUGUACUCCGGCAUUUCUGCAGUUUUAAUAAUAUGACAGGAAGUCUCGUUUGAGUAGUUUAUUAGAGGAAUAAAUCCAACAAUAUUUUGAAUAAAUCCAAGAAUGAGCACGAUCCUGGAAAAAAUCGCCUCUAUUGAGGCUGAGAUGGCUCGUACUCAGAAGAAUAAGGCGACUUCUGGGCAUCUGGGUCUGUUGAAAGCGAAAUUAGCAAAGCUUAGACGCGAACUGAUCACUCCGAAAGGAGGCGGCGGAGGUGGCGAGCAGGGUUUUGAAGUUGCCAAAACCGGUGACGCUCGUAUUGGUUUCGUUGGUUUUCCAUCUGUGGGAAAAUCUACCUUGUUGAGUACACUUGCUGGUGUGUAUUCUGAAGUAGCUGAGUAUGAGUUUACAACGCUCACAACUGUCCCUGGUUGCAUAAAAUAUAAAGGUGCAAAGAUACAACUGUUAGAUCUUCCAGGUAUUAUAGAGGGUGCAAAAGAUGGCAAGGGACGUGGACGACAAGUUAUCGCCGUGGCGCGAACAUGCAGCCUUAUCUUUAUCGUCUUAGAUGUGCUCAAACCACUCGGACAUAAACGGCUGAUCGAGCAUGAAUUGGAAGGUUUUGGUUUGCGCUUGAACAAACAGCCACCGAAUAUAACUUUUAAGAAGAAAGAUAAGGGUGGUAUUAAUUUACAAACCAUGUGUCCACAAUCCGAAUUAGAUUUUGACUCAGUGAAAAUGAUCUUGUCAGAAUACAAAAUCAGUAAUGCGGACAUUACGUUAAGGUACGACGCCACCUCUGAUGACUUGAUCGACGUUAUAGAAGGAAAUCGCGUUUAUAUUCCUUGCAUUUAUCUCUUGAAUAAAAUAGAUCAAAUAAGUAUAGAAGAAUUAGAUAUUAUUUAUAAAAUUCCACAUUGUGUGCCGAUCUCAGCUCAUCACAAAUGGAACUUUGAUGAUCUGCUGGAAAAAAUGUGGGACUAUUUACAACUUGUGAGGAUUUACACGAAACCAAAAGGACAACUCCCGGACUAUAACGCACCCGUAGUAUUAAAUAUUGAAAAGCGAACCGUUGAAGACUUCUGUAAUAAACUUCACAGAUCGAUCGCGAAAGAAUUUAAAUACGCAUUGGUAUGGGGCUCAUCGGUGAAACAUCAACCCCAAAAAGUAGGAAAGGAUCAUCUUCUUUGUGACGAAGACGUUGUGCAAAUUGUAAAAAAAGUGUGAUAUCGUUUACCUUGCACGAUCCUUUCUUGGCGCAAAUAAAGUUAACUAAUGAGAUUGAAUAAUAUUGUUUGUAAAAAGA